AGCGAGAGUUUUAGCAAGCAAAGCAACCUUGAUAAAUGGCGGAAGUGAAAAGUUCUAGGAUAUUCUUAAUAAAUUAUUUAUGAUAAAAUGGGCCAGAGCGCGUCAAAUGUAGCUAAAAAGGUGUCAAAGUCCGUUUCUUCAGUAUUUUCAUCAGAAUCAAAUGCAACAAACGACGAGAAGGGGCGUUUUGCAGUUACACCAUAUGUUUUCAAACGAAGAAGUUCUAUGUUCUUUGACCAGGAUGGUGAUUUGGCUCACGAAUUCUACAUAGAAGUAAAACAUGGACAUAAAUACAUUUUAAAAAAGUCAACAGAAAAUCUAGUUCCAGAAGGAGAAGUGGAGCUGUCACAUCCUCGUUUCAAUGUAGAUUUUCCCACAGUUAUAUGUCGUGCCCCAUUCAGCUGAGAAUGGAUUGGACCCAAGCACAUGUGUUGAUGUACUUGCAUAUUUAUAGUCCUCUCGUUUGUGUAUCAGAAAAUAGCAGCUGGUGAUGUCUAGUCGAUUGCCAAUUUUGAAUCUGAGCUGCGAAGAAAUUGUCAAGAACAGUGCAUCUGUGAUAGGGCUAUGCAUUUGGGAGAUGCCAAAUGAAAAAACGCAUAAGUAUUGGAUUGGACUCGUGUAUUUCUGAGGAUUGAAACAAUCAAAUACAUCAUUUUUGUCAAUCUACAUGUACGCAUCUUCACUUUUGACUGUGAUAUCACAUAAUAUGUAAAUGGUGUUCUAACAUUAACUAGAACUGCAAUUUUCAUCAUAAAUAAUAGUCAUAAGCUGGCCUUUUCAAAGAAAGAGCAGGCUAUUCUACUUGCCCCUCCAUCAAUAUCCAAGCUAGGUUAAAGUUUUUGGUAAGCUAAUAAUUAGUAAUUUAGUUUCUCAGGAAACGCUGUUACACACUCCUAAUCAUGAUGAUCAUCCUGAAACUUGGUGAUGUUUGUGGGCAUAUAAUUUUGGCUAAGUUGGAUAACAAUCCCCAUGGCAUGAAGUGCAUAUGAAUUUUUGCCAUUAAAUAAUUUAAACAUUGGUUUAAAUAAUGUUGUCUGUCUUAAACUUAACUAGUUUGAAAUGUAUCAUCAUUAAAUAAAUGUUGGUCACAAUCUUUGUUGGCAUACAAUUAGGGUCAAGUAUGGUUAUCAGCUCGAAGGAGUGAAGCACUUAUAAGGUAUUAAUAACAUUAAAUUUACCAAAUUAACAUUUACAGCUCUCUAUCUGAAAGUUUUAAUCUUACAAUCAUGAAACUUGAUGUAUCCUAGAACUUUAGAGGGGUGUAUUUUGUGAUAAUUGGCACUCUUGUUUAUUUAUUAACCUAUUUUGAAGAAGGUUUUAAAGUAAUUAAAUUCCAUCAGGGGUUUCGCUGCCAUCACCAUAGUUGCGACUUGUAACAAAUUUUGGAAAGUGGCGACAAUUUUUUCAAGAUGUCAAAUUUCAUAACUGACACUAUAAUUGUAGUCUGUGCUUAUCUUGAUAGCAAGAAAUCUGGUCUUGUACGUUACUGGAUAAUUAUGAAUAAUAUUUACUAAUUAGAAUGUACAUUAAAAAUCAAAUUCUUUAUAAAAGUGAAUCAAUUUUUUUUCAUUGAUUAAGAGAGCAUUUCAAUUACCGAUGAUCAUGUUAUCUUUAUCUACUUCACAUGAUUAAUAAUAAUCUAAAUUGAUGGUUUAAAAAUUAUAUUAUAUGAACUCGCAAUGAAAACAAUCUUUUUUUUUAUUGUGGGGUGGUUUUUCAUAUAACAUAUUUUCCCUAAUUCAAUCCCAUAAUUCAAAAUAUAGUGUUGACUUUUUAGUGUAAAAUUAUAAGUAUUUAUGUUUUGAUAAACAUUUUACUGAAUUGUUUUCUAGAUUUUCUUUGAAAUUUAUUAUUAUCCCCCGCCAUAGGCGGAGGGAUAUUGUCUUGGCGUUUUCCGUCCGUCCGGAGCCAUUUCUUGGAAGUGCUUUGGCGGAUUUCAUUGAAACUUGGUAUGAGUAUAUAUAUGGAUGAUGCACGCCAAAUGUCAUUGUACACCAUCUGUUAAUAACGGAAUUAUGGCCCUUUGUAUCUUGAAAAAUGCUUUUUUUGAAUGUCAAAUAUAACACUUUUUAUGUCUAGAAGCAUAUUGGAGGGGGAUAUCAAUUUAACGAAUUUGCUUGUUAUUGUAAAAUUCAUCAAGGUCUGUUAAAAGUUAUUAUUUUAAUCAAACAAGUAGACUUUAUCAGCUUUCAGCAAUUUGAUGCUGAAGUUUCCAUAACAAGAAGAUAACUUUGCAUGAAAUUUGAAAUUAACUAUAAAAGAACAGAUCAGGUAAUUUAUUGUAACGACCAAAGUGCCUUCCCCAGGAAUUUGUUCAGGCGCCCCGGGGCCGACCGGGGGUGGGUUCGGGAGGGGUGACCCCUCCCGACGUUGAUGUUUUUAAAAUUAACGUGUCAAUUCACGUUCUGUGGUGCAUUAUAACUCAAAGAAAAACAGCGUCAAAAGACGUCAUUUGGUGCGCUAUGACUCUUCAAAAAAAUCCCCCAGUCAUUUAAAAAAUAUAUUUUUUUUAUAUUGUUUAAUUGUUUUAAAACUUUUCCGCACAGAUAGUAAAAUCCCGACUCGAACGAUUCCCCAAUACAUCCGUUUCAACCCGACUCUAUUACUGUAUACUUACUAUUUUUCAAGUUUCUAUUUAUUACCCGAUAAUCCCGUUUAUUCCGUUUUUAUCAAUCUCUUUCUGGUAAAUAUUUACGAUAAAAGCUUUCGGUUAUUUCUUUAACACAAACCUUGCCAUCUUUUUUAUGUGACUAUUUAUAGAUUUGAUGAAAUAUUGCAUCUGAAUAUGCGUCAAUCCCCUGACCUGUUGUGUGCUUGUUAAAACGCUCAAUACACGCCAUUUGUAUGCAAUAGACGCGACGUUGUACAUGCUGCAUAAUUUUCGCGCUCUUUUUAAUUGAGAAAAAGAUUCGACACAAAAUAAAUUUGCACUGCUAAUUUGAAGCAAAAAUAUUUAACGUUGCGGUAACAUUUACAUUCGGAAGUGUGUUUCGGAUUAAAAACGCGUUAACAUCGACUUACGGUAAUGGGUUUCGGAUUACAAAUUUAAUUAUUCCCAUUUGAGAUUUCAACAAAUAUUAACCGUUGCGUUAUAAAUUCAACGAUAAUUUGUUUACACGCUUUACGAGUCGAAUAAAUGUUUUGACGGAAUUAUGCAUGAAAUGCACGUUGUCCACGAGGAUCACGGCCGGUUGCCAUCAUCAGUCUUCUAACUAUCGAUUAUCGGACGAAACAUUUACAAGUGUGCGUAAUUAAUUCAACGAAAAUUUGUUAAAGCGCAUUACGUGUCGAAUAAAUGUCAGAAAAACGAGGUGAAUCAGUUCUAUAAAUGGACAUGUUGAAAUAUACAUGUACUGGAAUUAAAUAAAUUGUUAUCACAUAAUUGUAACCGGGAGUCAUUUGCAUAACUUACUCGCUAUAAUAAUUAUUGUUUACCACUUGCAAUUAAUUUCUCGUAUUAAUUAUGAGUCAUAGGUAACACUUGUUUACAGUAAAAAGGUGUGAUGAUGAUGCCCGAAACCGUCUUUAAUGAUCUGUACUGUACUAAUUACCGGUUUUAUAUUACUCAAAUGGUACAACUUCUUGCUAAUCAAGCUGCGAUAAACUCUUACUUCAUGCCCGACGUCAAUCAAAAAUAAUGGUCGAUAGUUAACCCCGCCCUCAUAAGCAUUCGCGUAACCGAUUGGACGAUGAACUUCACAAUUUGACGACUGGAAAGUUACCAGAUACAUCCUUGUCAGCAUUUAAAUGACCGUGUAAUGUGGCUAGAAUAAUCGAUACGCGCGUCAUGCUAUUCUCUUAUCAGUGGAUUAUCCAUUACCCCAUGUGGUGUUUAUGGCGAUUACUUGUAAAAGUAGGUACCGAGUACUCUUUUAAAACAGGGAAUAUUGAUACACUCAUAGGGAAAUCUUGUUUUUUUUGGACAAUCUCCACUUUCUUUUACUGAAGAAUACACUGAUCGGAAAAUUUCAAGCGCCCCGGGGACUCUGAUUUCGAAAUUCAAGCGCCCCGGCAAGGGGCGCUUAAAUGGCCUGGGGAAGACACCAAACUAUUAGUGUGACCAUAUGUUGUAAUUAAGCAUAUGUUAACAUUUCAAUAAAUGUUCAUGUAUGUAGUUGUUUCAUGUGUUCUAUGUCUUAAAAUAUGCAACAAAUCGCUUCUACAGAUACUCUGGUACUUUUUGUUAGCAAAAUACAUUGUGUAGUGUUUAUUGUACAUUGUGCAGUAUAAAUUAUAUAUACUUUGUAAUUUCUCUAUUUAUUAUUUUGAUAUUAAUUAUGUUUCAAUGAUGUAUUUCAAUAUUUUAAUUAUUUUUUUAAACAACUUAAUGUAAUCUUUCAAUUAUUUGACAGUAUUUCAUGUAUGUGAGCAUACAUCUUUUAGUGGUACUUCUUGAUGGGAGUACAGUUAUUUUCCUCAUUUUGGUUCAAUGCAUUCAUAAUUCAAUUGUUUGGUGUUUACAUAAUAAAAUACAUACAAGAAUCUAAGAAAGAGUACAAUAUCUACUUGUAUGAAUUGGUGUGAUUUUGGAAACACCCAAAAUGUGGAAAAUAACAACUCUGGUUAAAAAGUUUACCAAUUCUUCAUGAUAGAAAAGAGCCAUUAAAGAUCAGAACUAUUUAAUUUGUGAAGCAAUGAUUCUGAUGAACAGGAGGUAAUCUGCUGAAAAGAGUAGAAACAAGAGGCCCAUGAGGGCCUGAAUCGCUCUACUGGCUGGAAUCAAUAGGGCUCAAGCCCUUGAUAGUAUGAACAAUCUGAGUAAGUUUUAAACAAACAGACCCAAAAUGGGAAAUUCAUCGCUUAAACAAGAAGAAAUGUAAAAUUUAAACUUCAAAUGGCUCCUUUUCAAUAAUAAGUUGGACAAAUUUUCUUCACUCUAAAUGGGGUUCUGGCUCUUGAUGAUAUAAAACAUCCAUUUAAGUUUCAAAAGGAUAGAACUUUAUAAAACAUCCGUUGAAGUUUCAAAAGGAUAGAACUUUAUAUGUAAACAAACAAGAAAUGUGUUUGUCGGAAACACAAUGUCCCCUUCUGCGCCGCUUUGUUUUUUUUACCUUUGACCUUGAAGGAUGACCUUGACCUUUCACCACUCAAAAUGUGCAGCUCCAUGAGAUAUACAGGCAUGCCAAAUAUGAAGUUGCUAUCUUCAAUAUUGCAAAAAUUAUGGCAAAAUGUUAAAGAUUUUCUCUUUUUUUUCUCCAAUUCAACGGGAGAUAAUUCUGGACAGUAGAGCUAAUAACACACUCAGAAUAAAAACAAUAUUGGUAAAAAAUAAUCAAUGAACUGCUUGCAACACAAUAAAUAAGAAAAACUGUUAAAACAGAUAUUUAUUGAAAUUUCCAUUAUAGAAAAAACAUGAAAUACAAUUCUUUUGUCCAAAAAAUGCGGGAAAGAUCCAAACAAUGUUGGCAACUUUCAAAUGCCAUUCAAAUUUGUACAAAACAUUAAAAUAAAAGAUAGGAAGAUGCUUAAAUUGUACUGGAUUGUUUUUCUUUUUAUGUGCAGUAAAAACCGCCAUCAUGCUUUCUAGAGUAGCCACCAUUGGUGCCUGCGCUGUGAGGACUCUCUGACAGGAGGAAAUGAAAAAAAAAAAAAAACCUAAAAAAACAGGUUUGAUUUUACAAUACUGAUCUUUUUUAACCAGAACCCUGCAACAUAAAACAUCUUACAACUGAACAAAUUUUGCUUUUUUUGUUGCUGUGAUUUUACCUUAGGAAAAAAGUAACAAUUCAUAAAAUAAAGUGGCCAAUAGCAAAACAAGGUUAUUAAAAAUAAUUUAGAACAAACUAUUAUUGUAUGUUAUCAGACAUUUAUAAGAUGACCUGUACAAACAAUAACAGAAUUUCGGGGUAUACACAACCCAUCAAUGUCUCUGCAUGCGUAUCUCUGUUAGUAUCAGGGGUGUGAUUCACAUCAAUUAUCUAAGCGUGUUCACAAGAUGUUGGCUGAAAAUACUUGGUACAUUAUGACUGGACAUCAUAGAUUGGACAAUGUUUUUCUGAGGCCUUUUUCACAGGGGUUCCUCUGUGCUUUAAUUUGAAAAUAAGAGAUACCUGAGUGCUUUAAAUUCUAAAUGUUCUCAUUUUGUGCUUCUUGAAGAACUUAAGAAGUACAGCAAUAAAUAAAGGAUACAGAGUCUUUUUUAUUGAACCCAAUUUAAAAUUGGGGUCAUUGCCUCUCUGCCUUAAAAAAUCCAUCGGAAAGGCCUGGUUCUUUCUUAAGCCAUACUUUUAGAACAACCAAUAAAGCAAUGAUUGUAGAACUCUGUCACAUAAUGUACCAUGAGUUGUUUUCAGCUCAAUAACUUCUGUUUGUUAGUAGUAAGCAUAGAAA